AUCUUGGAGAUGAAAGUUUCAGCUGAGGUGAAAAAUGACAUUUUUAGCAAAAGCACAGUGGGCCUCCAGUGCCUGCGGAGUGACUUGAAGGAAGGGCCCUAUGUCCCCAUCCCCCUCACCUACAGCUAUGGGGACACGGUCCAGGUACAGCUGGACAACCUGGAGCCCUGUAUGUACCUGGCCAUCGUGGCCCACGGCCCGAACAUUCUCUACCCUUCCACGGUGUGGGACUUCAUCAAUAAAAAGAUCACCGUGGGGCUCUAUGGCCCCAAACACAUUCACCCGUCCUUCAAGACUGUGGUGACCAUUUUUGGGCACGACUGUGCCCCAAAGACACUACUGGUCAGCGAGGUCACCCGCCAGGCCCCCAGCCCCGCCCCAGUGGCCCUGCAGCUCUGGGGUAAGCACCAGUUCGUCCUGUCCAGGCCCCAGGACCUCCACGUCUGCAUGUUUUCCAACAUGACCAAUUACGAGGUCAGAGGCAGUGAGCAGGCCAAAGUGGUGAGGGGAUUCCAGAUGAAGCUGGGAAAGGUGAGCCGCCUCAUCUUCCCCAUCACCUGCCAGAACCCCAGCGAGCUGUCCGACUUCACGCUGCGGGUUCAGGUGAAAGGCGACCAGGAGGCCAUCCUGACCCAGUUCUGUGUCCAGACUCCCCAGCCGCCCCCUAAAAGUGCCAUCAAGCCUUCCGGGCAAAGACGGUUCCUCAAGAAGAACGAGGUCGGGAAAAUAAUUUUGUCCCCGUUUGCUGCCACCUCCAAAUACCCGACUUUCCAGGACCGCCCGGUGUCCAGCCUCAAGUUCGGCAAAUUGCUCAAGACCGUGGUGCGGCAGAGCAAGAACCAUUACCUGCUGGAGUACAAGAAGGGCGACGCCGUCGCUCUGCUCAGCGAGGAGAAGAUCCGGCUGAAGGGGCAGCUGUGGACCAAGGAGUGGUACAUCGGCUACCACCAGGGCAAGGUCGGCCUCGUGCACGCCAAGAACGUGCUGGUAGUGGGCAAGGCCAGGCCGAGCCUGCUCUCGGGGCCCGAGCUGAGCACGUCGGUGCUGCUCGAGCAGAUUCUGCGGCCGUGUAAGUUCCUCACCUACAUCUACGCCUCCGUCAGGACCCUGCUCAUGGAGAACAUCAGCAGCUGGCGUUCCUUCGCCGACGCCCUGGGCUACGGGAAUCUGCCGCUCACCUUUUUCUGCCGGGCGGAGCUGGACAGCGAGCCCGAGCGGGUGGCCUCUGUUCUGGAAAAGCUGAAGGAGGAUUGUAAUAACACGGAGAACAAAGACCGAAAAUCCUUCCAGAAGGAGCUCAUGAUGGUAAGUGCUCAGCAGGGGCCUGGGGCCGAGGCCAGU